CUGGUCCACACCCAAACCUGUCGCUCACUGGAAUUGAUUUCAUCUAUGAUUCAGAAAACAUGUCUACAAAUGUCGAUUUAGCACAAUACCAACCAAAUAUAAGACUGCAAGUGAUGCUGAAGGAUUGAGUGUUUUCUGAUCAGUUUUCAGGGUCAGUUUAGCUGCAGUAUGUCAGAGGAAAGAGGAAAGGACUCUCUCUCUCAGAUGAGUCUCUCAGAGAAACACAGUGUAAGAUCAGGCUCACAUGUGUCCAGCUCUGUGUCUCUGAAGAGUGUUCGGUCUAAAGAUGGAAGACCACCAGCCUUCAGUGAGAAAACACCAUCAUCUAAUAAAAGUGUAAGAUCAGGCUCACAUGUGUCCAGCUCUGUGUCUCUGAAGAGUGAUCAGUCUAAAGAAGGAAGACCACCAAACUUCAGUGAGAAAACACCAUCAUCUAAUAAAAGGCUUCAAUAUGAGACAUUAGACUCAGAUCUUCAGACUCACAGGAACCACGAGAAUUUCAAAGACAAUCUUCUUGGGAUCUUCCAGGAUCUUGAGAGGAAAAUAAUCACAUUUCUGAAGAAUGAACUGGAGAAGUUGAAGAAAAUAUUACAACAUGAGAACACACAACACUUUGUGAAGGACUUUAAUGAGAACAGAUCCAGUAUCAAAUCAGCAGCUCUUGAUCUCACACUACAUUACCUGAGAGAGAUGAAGCAAGAUGAAGCUGCUGAUGCUCUAGAAGGUGAGCUGUUCCUCAUUCAUCAGCUGAAAUGUGGCCUAAAGAAGAAGUAUCAAUGUGUGUUUGAAGGAAUGGCGAAGCAAGGUGACUCCACACUCCUGAAUAACAUCUACACAGAUCUCUACAUCACUCAGGGUGGCAGUGAACAGGUCAAUACUGAACAUGAGGUGAGACAGAUUGAAGUUGCUUCCAGACGUCAUGAAGCACAAGAGAUACAGGUUGAAUGCACACAUUUGUUUGAAGCGCCUGAACAAGACGAGGAGAUCCGAACUGUACUGACAAAAGGAGUCGCUGGCAUCGGGAAAUCAGUCUCUGUGCAAAAGUUUGUUCUGGACUGGGCUGAAGGAAAAGAAAAUCAAGAUAUCAGCUUCAUAUUUCCUCUUCCAUUCAGAGAGAUGAACUUAAAGGAGAAAGAAAAACUAAGUUUGAUGGACCUUAUAACUCAGUUUUUCCCAGAGACAAAAGGACUGAACCUUACAAGAAGGAAUCAGUUCAAAGUGCUGUUCAUCCUUGAUGGACUGGACGAAUGUCGCCUUCCUCUGAAGUUUGAUUGUAAUGAGACGUGGCGUGAUGUAUCGUCACCAGCCUCUCUGGAUGUUCUCCUAACGAACCUCAUGAAGGGAAAUCUGCUUCCUUCUGCUCUCGUCUGGAUCACCAGCAGACCAGCAGCUGCCAGUAAGAUUCCUCCUGACUGUAUCGACCGGCUGACAGAGAUACGAGGAUUCAGCGACGCACAGAAGCAAGAGUACUUCAAAAAAAGAUUCAAGGAUGAUAUUCAAGCCAACACAAUCAUAGAUCAUGUUAAACAAUCAAAGAGUCUCUUUAUCAUGUGCCACAUCCCAGUCUUCUGCUGGAUUUCAGCCACUGUUCUCCAGAACAUUCUGGAGGAGAAGAGAAAUAAUGAUGUGAGAAACACUCAGGCUGAUGAGAUCUCUAAAACACUGCAGGAAUCAAACACUGAAGACACUCCCAAGACUCUGACACAAAUGUACACACACUUUCUCCGCUUUCAGAUCCAGCAGAGCCGCCGGAAAUAUGAUGGAGAAUACACACCAGAUGUUUCCUGGGAUAAAGACGCCAUCCUUUCACUGGGGAAACUGGCAUUUCAUCAUCUGGAAAGAAACAACCUGAUCUUCUAUGACUCAGACCUGGAAGCCUGUGGUCUUGACGUCUAUAAGGCAUCAGUGUACUCAGGCAUGUGUACCCAGAUCUUUAAGGAGGAGACAGGGAUCGUUCUUGGUACCAUGUACUGCUUUGUUCACUUGAGCAUUCAAGAGUUUAUUGCAGCCCUUUAUGCACAUCUGUUUCUAGACAUCAACAAGACAAGUGUGUUUGAUCAUGAGUCUACAGAACAGAAAAACAGAAAUGAAACCAUGAUUGAUUUUCUCAAGACUGCAGUGGACAAGGCGCUGGAGAGUGACAAUGGACACCUGGACCUUUUCCUUCGCUUCCUCCUCGGUCUGUCACUCCAGUCCAAUCGACGACUCUUACGAGGUCUGUUGACACAGCGAGACGACACUGACCAGAGCAACAAGAAGAUAGUUCAGUACAUUAAAAAGAAAUUAGAAGCUAAUCUUCCUGCAGAGAGAUCCAUCAAUCUGUUCUACUGUCUGAAUGAACUGAACGACCAAACUCUGGUGAACGAGAUUCAGACCCACCUUAGCAAAGGAAGUCUCUCAUCUGCUGACCUUUCACCUGCCCAGUGGUCUGCUUUAGUCUUUGUGUUGUUGACAUCAGAGGAAAAGCUGGAGGAGUUUGAGCUUCAGAAAUUCAAGAAAUCAGACGAGUGUCUCAUUAGAUUAUCGGCAGUCAUUAAAGCCUCCAGAAGAGCUCUGUUAAAUGAUUGUAACUUAACAGACAAAAGCUGUUCAUCUCUGGCUGCAGUUCUUGGAUCAGACACCAAUCUGAAAGAGCUGAACAUGAACAAUAAUAAGCUGCAGGAUUCAGGAGUGAAGCUGCUCUGCACUGGACUGAAGAAUAUAAAGUGUAAAUUGGAGAUACUGAGUCUGUAUGGAUGCAGUAUUACAGAGAAACAGAGUCUCAUCCUGACUUCAGCUCUGAAAUCAAACCCGUCACACCUGAGAGAGCUGAACCUGAGCAGGAAUAAUCUAGGAAACACAGGAGUGAAGCACUUAUGUGCCGUACUGAAGGAUUCACACUGUAAACUGGAGAGAUUGAGGUUAAGAUACUGUUAUAUGACAGAUGAAGGUUGUUCUGAUGUGACUUCAGCUCUGAAAUCAAACCCGUCACACCUGAGAGAGCUGGACCUGAGUGUGAAUAAUCUAGGAGACUCUGGAGUGAAAAACCUCAGUGAUCUACUGAUGAACCCACAAUUCAAGCUGGAGAAACUACAUCUUCAGUACUGUGACAUCACAGAUGUUUCUUCUUUAACUCAGUCUUUGACGAACUCAAAAGCUCUGCAGUUUUUAAAAGAGCUUGAUCUGAGAGACAAUGAGAUCGGAGACUCAAAGCAGCGGCUCAGAGACGAACUACGAGACUCAAACUGUGUCCUGAGUGUAGAUGAAGAUUGAUCAUAAAACGUCAGUGGAUUUCCAUUAAGGUUUAAGUCUCUGAAACGGAGAUGAGAGGAGCAGAAACCAUCAGGUGAUCCACAGAAGAGUCUCACUGCUGUCUAUGAGGAGAAAUACAUGUGUAAAUGUGUUUCAUACAGGUGGAAGAGACUCAGACUUCACUAUUAAAUAAAGCAGCGUGUGUGUUAGCAUGCGUAUUAGAAACAUGUGAUAUUGAAUGAUUAAUGUUGGUUUAUUAUUCAGCCAAAUGAUGGUUUAGUUGUAAUUAAAGGUGGAACAGAGGAAGAAGCUCAGAUGAGUGUCAGCAGAAAUCUUCACUAUCAGGCCUGCAAAUAUAAUAAUGUUUAGACUAAACUCAUCCAGAAUUAUUCAGAUAUUUCUAAUCAUGAACGUGAUUGUCAAGUACAGCACAUAAAUGUUUCAAAAGAUAUAAAGUUUGCAUGUAACCUUUAAACCUUCACAUUAUCUCUGUAACAUUUUAUACACAGAAUAUGUUUUUUGUUAUUGUUUUAUUGUAUAUGAAGUUAGUUAUGUGUGUGUGUGUGUUGCUGAUGCACAGAUGUACAGUAUAUUGUGUUUGUUCUGUGGAUGAAGUCUCUUCUCCUCUACAGACCGACUAAACAUUUUCCCCAGUUAACAGCA